CUCGCUCAGUUUUUCGCGAAAUCGCUUACGGCCACACGGGGCCUUUCGACCGAUUAUCGAAAAAUCGGAUUAUUUUUCGAAAUUUUGUGCACUAUAUGGAAAAUUGUAUCGAAUAGGGAAAUUUUGAUUUUCCUCGAUUGAUAACGAGAGAUAUUCGAGGACUUUGUGUGACUUGUAAGUGUGUGAUAAAUACAAUCGACAGCUGAUAUCUAGCGCAAUCAGCUUGGAUUUUAUUUUCGACCUGGAAUCGCUGCUACAGAUGACUUAUCGCUGUUUGUGCCAAAAAUUUGCCAGAGAUUUAUUGAAAUUCUAGAAACCACUCAACUACGCGAAAAUGACCGGUCCCAGCCCUUACAGCGCUUACCGCCACAGCGAACCCAGAACUAUGCCUCUUGCUCAGAGUACCGACCAAGGACUGGGUACCAAGAAAACCAUGCUUGUCCUAGUAGUAGUGGUAGGAUGCUUCGCUGUGCUUUGGCCGAAACUUUUCUAUCCAAUGUUAGUUAACAGCGCCAAUCAGCAUAGCAAACCUGGACCUGUUGAUAAAACUACUGGAUGUUGUGACGUCAUAUCAGAACUGGACUUCGAAACAAUAAAAAUAAUGUCCCAGCUCUGCAGUACUAUCAUAGAUACUACGGGAAAACCACCUCCAACACCUAAAGAAAUAGUAAUCCAAUGUAAAAAAGCAGUGCUAGAAACUUGCGGUAUAGACAUAUCGGCAGCUUUUCAAGAUAGAAUUUCUUUGGGACACUCGGCCAAACAGAUUUUGGAAGAAGUGAGAUCCUUAAAUGGUUCUUUGUGUUUGAAGUACAACUUUGGCGUGUCGCCUUGGCGAUUGGGAGUUCCGCAUCGAGUUAAUGUUAAUUUGGAUCCUGACAUAAAACAAGAAAGGCCUGCUCAUCUUCGACCUGGAAUGAUACAUCCAGCAUUCAGAGAACGAGGUAGGGCUAUUCCAGAGUCUGAGACAACAAAUGUGCCAAAGAAAACAGGACCGCCGCCUAGGAUUGUCGAAGGACGACCAGGCCCAAUUCCAGGAAUGAGACCCGCAAUGGGUGGUCCAGGUCACGUAGUGCCACCUUCCGCAAAGCAACAAGCCAACUAUGGCUUCAUGGGAGUACUCAUGCCUAUCUACACUGUUGGAUUUGUUAUAUUCUUCUCUUAUACAAUAAUGAAGUUGGUGUUUAAGAAAAAAUCACCAGAAGCUGACGCUGGAGCUCCUAUGUAUCCCCAGUGCGAACCAGAUGAACAUUUUUACAAAGAAGUGUUCGAGCCUAAUAAACAUUACUUUAAUAGGCCCAAUAAGGAUAACAGCAAAAUUGUUGUAAACGCGGUAGCGGCCCUUCUGGAAGAGGUCAACCAAGAAAUUGAGGCUAAGAAAUUGAAAAUUCCUCAAGAAAGCUCAAAUCAACAGGAUGGAUUCAGACCGAACGGAUCACUUCCAAAGGAAGAAGACCAAGGCUCUGUCACAGUUAUGGGCAUGGAAACUACCGCCAGUUCGGAAAGUGGCAAAAAAUGGUCCAGGCCUGAUUCACCGGUGCUGCCGCAUCCACAAACUGCUCCUCCUAAGGAACCUUCUCCUCCACCACAGCAAAUUUUCUUGGAAGGCGCUCUUCCGCCUCAAUCACAAAUCUUGGUAGCCGACUCAGCAACAGAGGCUCAAAGGGACUCGGAAGACGAUUCGCCAGUAGUGCUUGCCGGUAAAAUGACACUUAGCGUUAUUAGUUUAGAUUCUGAAACUGGCACCGAUGAUUCUACCAAUUCCGGAAGAAAAUCUUCCGAUGAAGAACAAAGAAGCAGCAGCGGCCACACUUCGGAAGGUUUCGAGAAAAUUAAUGCCGCCGAUCUUGAGGAACAAAUUAAUAAUAUCAUCGAGGAAGCUGAAAAUAUUGCAUUGGCUGAAGAAAGAGACUACAGUCCUGACGUUGAAUUAAUUCCACUUUCCGAUGAAGAACUAGCCAAUAAGGCACCUCAAAUCAACGAAAAAGACAAAGACAAUAGCGUUUUGGAAGAAAUAAAAAAUCAAUUCAAUCUCGAAGAUGAUCUUUUGCAAGCUUUAACUGAAAAGGGGCUCGGUGAAAAAGCAGAAAUGCCUGUAACUGAUUUAAUUAAAGAAUUCUUAAGUAACGAAGAAGGUUUAUUGCUUGAAACAGAUGAUGAAGAAAAAAUUGUUGAAGAAUUGGAAGCAGAAGAAAUUCCAAAUUUAGAUGAAGCAGAAACAAAGGCAACCGAAAGCAGUGAUGAAAUUCAACAAGUACCUGAAGCAAUAAAUUUGUCGGAUCUCUUGCUUCAAGGACUGCUAGUACAACCUGAUAAUGAGGAAACGUCGGACUUUGAGCCUCAGAGUGAUAUUGCUGAACCACCUACGCCAGAUACAAGCAUCAAAGACGAUUCUUUAUUGGAAUACAGCGAUGAGCCUACAGCUACAGACGAAGAUCAACAGCAAAAAGAGGGGGAUAUCGGGUCUGAAGAAGGAGACAUUGACGAAGAAGUUGAAGAAGAGGAAUAUAGUGAUGAUGACGAAGAAGAGUUAGGGGAAAAUAGAGAGUCUGUGGAGAGAAGAGCGAAUGGUGAUGAUGAGGAAUUGUCGAGAAAUGGUGCUGGGAAUAGUCAGACAGCGGCGGAAAAUGAUAUUUCCGAGGACGAAGAUGAUGACGAAGAAAUAGAAGAAAUAAUAGAAUAUGUGGAUAAUACUGAUGACGAAGGUGAAGAGAUAAUCGAAAUUAACGGCAACGAACGUAGACAUCUUGAUGGAAACGGUGAAAAUAAUUAAACAACAGCUCAAUAUUAUUCUUUAAAAAUGAGAUAAAGAGUGAAUUUUUUUAAUUAAUAUCAUUAUGUAUUUUUAGAAUUUAAGAAAUUUACCCUUAAAAAGCACUGACGUAUUCGUAUAUUCAUUAAAUGCAUGCAUUAUUGGGCGCGUCCAACAUAUUUUUUUACAAAUAACUAGCUUAGUAGCUAAAUAAUUGUCAAAGUUAAAUUAUUAGUUAGAUUUUUGUCCCAUAGAUGAUUUAUCUUAGAAGUAUUAAUAAUUGUUCACCUAUCUUACAAAUAAGUAUAUUCUUGAAAAACGUGCCAAAUUUCAUGCUUGUUUAGAAAGAGCUAGACAGAGAAGAGAAGAGAUGAGUCUAAGUUAUACUUAUUAAUUCUAGAAAUUAGUUUCGUCUCUUGCGUUUCUUCGUAGAUAUUUUUUAGUUUUUGAAAUCGAUAUGCAAAUAAAUUUUGUUUAUUUAUUUGA